AUGGGGGCUGAGCCGGUAACGCGAUCAACCCCGCGAUAUCGCUGUGUUCUUAGAAGCCGCUCUGGCCGCGGUUCCACGAUCCGACUUGCAAAUCCUAAGAGAAACCCCCCUCCUCUUUAUCCAUCCACCACAAACCCGUCGACAAUUCCAGAGGUUCUAACCAUAAUCCGCAAGUGCCUCUACUCGGUCGGCACCUCCACAGAAUCCUCCUCGAAUCUCCCCGUGGAACUCCAGUACUGCUCCGUACCCAACUCCUCUCUGCGACAUCCGCGUCACCCUCCCGCCAAGUCGACGUCGUCCAGAAAAUCUUCAGGUGUAGAACAAACCUUCUCCGAGCCGACCCCAGCAACCCGGUCCCUCGACUUCAUGGAGAAACCAGUUGAAAGGAAGUGGGGCAUGUUGGCGCUAGACCCAAAUUUGCACAAGUUCGCUCAUUCCCUAUAA